AUGUUCCAAAACAUGACCCUCUUCAAUCUUGUUGCUCUAAAUGGAAGAGGAAGCAAGCUAUAUGCGCUAAACACCUCGUCAACUCCGAACCAACACGAACAUAGCUCCUUUGCGGUAAAGCAAGCCAACAGUCUGAGCAUUACCGGCCAUGCAAAGAAUAUGAACGAUGGCACUGUAGCCGGCGAAGCUCAAGGGAAUGCCAGUGCAAUCGAUAGGUUUCUGCAGCACCUGAAGAUGGGUCCAUCUGCUGCAAAGGUGAAGAAGGUAGACCAUCAGGAAAUCGAUACCAAGCAAAGCGACAAUGGAUUUGAUCGGUACGUCGAAAUCAUGAGUGGCAAGCAUUUCCCGUAA